AUUUUGCAGCAAGUCUGUCAUUUCCUGCAUAUGACAAUUGGUAGCUUAAGAUCCCCAUGGAAGACUACUCUUACUCCUAUGAUGAAGAAACAGAGCAACCAGUGUCACAUCUGCGCCACACCUUUCUACCUGCCUUUUAUUCCAUCAUUUGCAUUUUUGGACUGUCAGGAAAUUUGUUAACCAUCAUUAUAUAUAUCUUUUAUGAGAAAAAGAAAUCACUGACAGACAUGUUUCUAAUGAAUCUGGCAAUGGCAGAUAUGCUGUUUCUCUGCACGUUGCCAUUCUUGGCAUAUCAGGCGGCCCGCAGCUGGAUAUUUGGUAUUGCAAUGUGUAAAAUUAUCCGCGGCAUGUACAGAAUAAAUGUAUACGCGUCAAUGCUGACACUCACCUGCAUCACUUUUGAUAGGCUUGUUUCUAUCACCUGUGCUACUAAGGCAAACAAAUAUCAACUGAAUAAACAUAAAUGGGGUCCAGGAAUCUGUACAACAAUGUGGAUAAUUUCAGUUUUAAUUGCAAUACCGCAGUUUAUAUGUAAGGUUGAUGAAGAACAUUGUUUUGAACUCUAUGACUCAUAUUAUAUGGAAGUAAUGAUGAAUUCACUUCAGCUGAGCAUCGGAUUUUUUUUACCCCUGGUAGUAAUGUUUUUCUGCUAUACCCUUAUUGUAAAAACCUUAAUUAAUGUAAGCAGAUUUCAGAAACACAAAUCAUUGAAAAUAAUAAUCAUGGUAGUGUUGGCAUUUGUUAUUACUCAGAUACCUUAUAAUGUCCUUCUCAUUGCAUUAGUGUCAAACAAGAAUUAUUUACAUGACAAACAUUUUAAGAUGGCUCUAAUUGUAACCGAAAGCAUUGCUUAUUUGCAUGCAUGCCUUAACCCUAUUUUAUAUUUUUUUGUGGGUAUAAAAUUUAGAAAAAAUUUCUGGAAAAUCCUGAAAGAUUUAAGAUUGGCUAAACCACACAUUGAAGGUACUGAAAAUAUUAGGACUACAGAUGGGUAUUCCAAAAAUAUUUCUAAUUCAAACACAGAAGCUGUGAGUAUCCAGUUAUAAGAUUAUACUCUUGUAAAAAUGUAAAUAUUACGUGCAUUACUAUUAAGUAUUAGAGCACAGAUCCCUUGAUUCAUUAAAAGUAUUCUCCACUGAGUAAGUUCUACAAUUUCUUGGUUUUACUAUGCAGAAGUUUAUAAAAAUAAAAUAAAAAUAGAGUAGCACUCUAAAUCAGAGUGAAUCCCCACCAGAAUAAUAGACAAACAGGUUAUUUUUUUUCUCCCCUACUACAGAGUGAUUUGAAUACUUUGUGA